GGACGUGGGUCAACAGUCCAAUCGGCGCGUCCAAUUCCGCCAAAGAGAUUCUCGAACCAUUCAGGGGAUUCAUCAUUCCAUUCUUCCUCUCUCUCCUGGAUAGGUCAUUUGCCCUCUUCUUCAUUUCAUGACAAUAUCUUUACGAUAUCCUACAGGUAGCCCACCUCCAACUUCUGUGUCCCCGUUGACGUAGUUGCGCGCGCAGUCCCAUUGACCCAUUCAACGUUCCGAUACAAUCACCUACCUAAUCUCUACGACAAGGUGCGCCCAGCUUCUCGUGACGACACGCGAGCAGGCAGGAUCUUGAUAUCGCCGGCGAUAAAUACGUUUGGUAAAAAUAAAGUCGAAUUGAAUCAACAGGGCGCGCCAAAGACCUUCACAGGGACUACCCUAUUCGAUUCGAUUUACCAUCAUCAUGGCGCGACGACCGCACAUAACCCUGAUGCUCGUCGUCGGCGUCAUCCUUUUUGUGUUUACGACCUACAUGCUCACCUCGAGUGGCUCCUCGGGGGCGGCACAGCAUUCAGAGACUCUCGAUUUGGGCAGCGGUAGCGGCAGCGGAGACCACAAGAGUGCUAGCCACGACGGCAGCAAGCCCGCGUUUGGCAUAUCGGAUGACAUCCUCAAGGGCGGCUCUAUCGCGCCCAAGCUGGAGAAUGCGACGGCCAAAGCAGAACUAGGCCGCGCUUCCUGGCGUCUCUUCCACACCAUGAUGGCGCGCUUCCCCGAGACCCCGACCGCCGAAGAAUCGUUGGCUUUGAAAACCUACAUCCAGCUAUUCGCGCGCCUGUAUCCCUGCGGCGACUGCGCGUCACACUUCCAGAAGCUGCUGAAGAAGUACCCGCCGCAAACGAGCGGGCGCAACGCAGCGGCCGGGUGGGCUUGCUUUGUGCAUAAUGAGGUCAACAAGCGCCUCAAGAAAGAGCAGUUUGACUGUAACAAGAUUGGGGAUUUCUAUGAUUGUGGUUGUGGGGAGGAAGGCGGUGCCAAAAAGGAGGGGGGAGCUGGAGCUGGGGGAGAGGUAAAGACAGGGACAAAGGAGGGAGGGGAUCUCAAGAUGGAUUGAGGGAUGAAUAGGAGGAGAAGUUAAUAGGUACUGUGGGGAGGUGAGAACCAUGCAUGGACUGCCUGUAGGUGACCUUGAGCGGCUUGUGCCGGUAUGCCCAUUGAGUCUGGACGGGAAUGUCUUGGACAUCGCAGGCGUAAUACCGAUAUCGACUGGUGGCCUGUCGCAACUCGGAUGAGCUCAACCCGAGGGAGGUUCAGACUCCAGGGCGUUGUGGAAUAUCAGUUGUCAACGACAUGGAUUUGCCUGUUUCUCUCCCGCCGCCAGCUCCAGGGCCCUUUGCGACAAAACCGUAGAGGUAUUGAGCAUCGGUCUUUGUGGUCGCCAACUAUGUGCCGUGGUUCGAAAACGUCCACGAUCAAAGUGGUUCUGGUCAAUGAAAGGACAUGGCGAACCUCAUUGUUGUCUCACUGAUUAUACUGUUAUAGUUACAUAAACCCGGUUAGACAAUACCGUAUCCUUUCCCGA